UCCUCCUAAACCAUGAACCAUUUAUUUUCCAGGAAAACAUCACUAUCAUCACAAACACAGCCGUAAGAGACACAAUGCUAGACCUGACCUUGAUGGCUCUUGCUCCCAAAUUUGACGUUUUUGAGCCAAAAGACUUCCAGCUGUGGUUCCAAGUCAAUCUGGUUGUUCUGCUGGCCAGCUUCCAUCCUGGCAGAUUGGUUGAUAUCCCCCUAAACAUCACCUGUGAAUCCUACAAUGCCAUAUUUACGGGUCUCGACCAAAGUUUGGAAUCUCUUCCGCCUCACCUCUCACAGGGUGUAAAGGCAAGCUUGGAUGCACUGAUGAAGACAUUCCAACGUUGCUCAAGGCCUCCAGCUUUAAUUGUGUGCAAAGAAACAUUGGUCAAUGAGAAACAACUUUGUGCUGGAUUUAACAGCACACAACUGAAGCAACAAAUGUCGAUUGGGAAUUCCAAUGAAUCCCUUUGCAAUUUCAACAUCUCUGAAUAUGCCUGUUCCUCAACAACCAUUCUGUCAGCGGACAACUUGGUGACGAUCCUGAAAUGCCAAUUGUCCAGCAAAAAGACUUACUCAACAGAAAUGUGGAAGCUGUUCUUCCAAAACAAUGCUGCAAUUCUGGACCAGGCUCUUCUGGAUUACUCCAGCAUGAACCCCAACACCAGCAGUCCAGCUAUGCCAAAUGUCCUUGAUGCCAUUGGAGAUGUCAAACUCAACAACUUCAUGAAUGCACAGCUGAACAACGCCAGCUUCGUUGACAAGUUGUUCCAGAAGAUGCUCCGUCCAUUCUUGGCAUCUCCAUCUAGGAAUUUCCUCUCCUGUCUCAGCUCAAAGAACUUCAGUUGUCAGACCUACCAAAUUGUCAUUGAGACUCUAAGCAACCAAUCAGCCUCCAUGGACAGAGAGCAACAACGAGUGAUCUUCACUCAUUACAUCUAUCCAUUCCUUUCAAGAAAUGACUCAUCAGAUCCCGGCUGUGUCUCAAACACCAGUGGAAGCAUGGACUGGCUCCAGAGGAACUUUGGCAUCUUUUCUGUUUUUGCAGAACUGCAGGAGUUACAAGUCCUUAAUCCCGACUUCUCCAGCAAGGAAUCACUGUCGCUGCUUACCCCAACCCAAGUGGCACAAUUGACAUUGACCUCUGGGGCAUUGAAUGACACAGAUGACAUUAAACUUGUGUUUACGCGGCUGGAGGAAGGUGACGCUUUCAAAAAUGUUGACGAGUUUCUGACGCAACUGACCGCAAAGGAAGAGAUUCCUGACAUCCAUCCAGCCGUGAGAGAUGUGAUGAUGAAUCAGACGUUCAACAUCAUCAGCCUUCAAUUCCCAGAGUUCGAAACGCUGGACUGGAUUGCAUGGUUCGAAGUAAAGCUGAUUCCCAUCCUCCCCAGUUUGAAUGAAGUCAUGCUCACCAUUGCUACCUCAAACGUCAACUGCACCAACUACCAAGUCAUUGUAAAUGGAAUGGACAGAGCUUUCCCUGAAAUGACUCAGGAUAGAAGAGAAGGAAUCGCAAGAGUCCUGCUGAAAUACCUGAGGAAAUCUGUGCACCUCAUCAAUGGACCAGCUUGCAGGCAGGACAUCCACGAUGACAAUGACUGGCUUGCAAUCAACCUGGGUUCAUACUCCGAGUACACAACCUAUUCGGAUCUCAAAGACUUCAACAUCUCAGGGGUGGCAGUUCUAGACUCCCUCUCACCAAACCAGAAAGCUGAAUUGAUACUGGACCCAAGCACUGGCGCUCUGGAGAAUGAGACUCUUGUGAAGAACGUUUUCAUCAGCUUGCUGGAAUCUCCAAGGGAAGAGCAGCUCAAUGAGUUCUUUGUGACUUUUGUUGAAGUCACCAAGCAGGAAAACAUCACUAUCAUCACAAACACAGCCGUAAGAGACACAAUGCUAGACCUGACCUUGAUGGCUCUUGCUCCCAAAUUCGACGUUUUUGAGCCAAAAGACUUCCAGCUGUGGUUCCAAGUCAAUCUGGUUGUUCUGCUGGCCAGCUUCCAUCCUGGCAGAUUGGUUGAUAUCCCCCUAAACAUCACCUGUGAAUCCUACAAUGCCAUAUUUACGGGUCUCGACCAAAGUUUGGAAUCUCUUCCGCCUCACCUCUCACAGGGUGUAAAGGCAAGCUUGGAUGCACUGAUGAAGACAUUCCAACGUUGCUCAAGGCCUCCAGCUUUAAUUGUGUGCAAAGAAACAUUGGUCAAUGAGAAACAACUUUGUGCUGGAUUUAACAGCACACAACUGAAGCAACAAAUGUCGAUUGGGAAUUCCAAUGAAUCCCUUUGCAAUUUCAACAUCUCUGAAUAUGCCUGUUCCUCAACAACCAUUCUGUCAGCGGACAACUUGGUGACGAUCCUGAAAUGCCAAUUGUCCAGCAAAAAGACUUACUCAACAGAAAUGUGGAAGCUGUUCUUCCAAAACAAUGCUGCAAUUCUGGACCAGGCUCUUCUGGAUUACUCCAGCAUGAACCCCAACACCAGCAGUCCAGCUAUGCCAAAUGUCCUUGAUGCCAUUGGAGAUGUCAAACUCAACAACUUCAUGAAUGCACAGCUGAACAACGCCAGCUUCGUUGACAAGUUGUUCCAGAAGAUGCUCCGUCCAUUCUUGGCAUCUCCAUCUAGGAAUUUCCUCUCCUGUCUCAGCUCAAAGAACUUCAGUUGUCAGACCUACCAAAUUGUCAUUGAGACUCUAAGCAACCAAUCAGCCUCCAUGGACAGAGAGCAACAACGAGUGAUCUUCACUCAUUACAUCUAUCCAUUCCUUUCAAGAAAUGACUCAUCAGAUCCCGGCUGUGUCUCAAACACCAGUGGAAGCAUGGACUGGCUCCAGAGGAACUUUGGCAUCUUUUCUGUUUUUGCAGAACUGCAGGAGUUACAAGUUCUUAAUCCCGACUUCUCCAGCAAGGAAUCACUGUCGCUGCUUACCCCAACCCAAGUGGCACAAUUGACAUUGACCUCUGGGGCAUUGAAUGACACAGAUGACAUUAAACUUGUGUUUACGCGGCUGGAGGAAGUGAAAGACAACAAAUGA